AAUAAUUAUGCCGUUUAUACAGCCAUUUUGUUUCAUUUUUGAUUUAUUACAAUGAGAAUUACAAGUAUGUGUAUAUUUAUGAAAAGAAACAUAAACACAAAUGUAGUCACGACUGUGUUGAUACUGAGAUAUAAUUGUUAUCGAUAUUAUCGACGCUGGGAUGAUUCCUCCACCCUUUUUUUCCGCUGGUAUUUUAUCAGUGUGCCAACUGUGGUGGUCGCUGUGCUAGCUGUUACUAGCUAAGCUAGCUAUUACUAGCUAUUACUAGCUAAACUAGCUAUUACUAGCUAAGCUAGCUGUUACUAGCGGUUACUAGCGGUUACUAGCUGUGCUUUGGCUGCUUCCGCUUCGCUUCGAAGUGCGAACAAAGGCGAACGCUGGUCGACCAACGUGUGUUCCGGGGACAGGGCGGGUGAUGUUUCGGUUCCGGUAUGAAAGCAAAAUGGAUUCCGGACGAGUAAUGGAGCAAACAGGCUCCUCUUUGAUACCGGAGAUGACAACGACGUUUGUGGAGUAACGGCGGGAACCAUGAGGACGUUACUGCGCGUGUGCUGUCUCCUCCUGGUCGCCGGAGAACCGGACCGGGCGUCGGCUGCCGGAAACCAGACCGUCGACGGGAGUAAGCUGACAACCAGCCGGUUCCGGUACAUCACAAUCGGGGACGGUUCAUCGCAGGAGUUUGAAUUUCCUGAAAACACCAAAGGCGUCAUUGUGGUGUCCAGUUUGUACCGGAAGAACCGUCAGACCGUGAGGGUGGUCUCCUCGGACCCGGAGGUCCUCUCCAUUUUAAAUGUAACAGACAGCGGCCACUCAGGGCCCGCCAAGAGCUACGUCAUCAGCAUCCGUUCCGGGUUCCCUGGUCAGGCUCAGCUUCAGAUUCAGCUCCUGGAUUUGGACCGGGAUUCUGUCGUGGAGGAGAGAACGGAUUACUCCAUUAUUGUUGCCCCCGGAAGCGAUGACACUGUGGCGCGGGUCAUACGCUCGGGCGGCUUGUCCCAUUUCUCGGAGAACCCGGUUCUGUUUGCCUUGUUGCCCCUCAUCUUUGUAAACAAGUGUGCCUUUGGGUGCAAGGUGGAGGUGGAGGUGCUGAGAUCUUUGCUGAAGAACCCGGUUCCUCUGCUACUGGGGGUGCUGGCUCAGUUCCUCGUCAUGCCCCUGUACGCUUACUGCGUGUCCCGGUUGGCCGCACUGCCUAAAGCGCUCUCCUUGGGACUGGUUAUUACAUGCUCGGCCCCGGGUGGGGGCGGCGGGUACCUGUAUAGUCUCCUACUCGGAGGGGACGUGACUCUGGCUAUUUCUAUGACUUUGGUGUCUACGGUUGUGGCGGCGGCGGCGAUGCCGCUUUCGUCGGCGUUGUACGGGCGCCUGCUCGGGGUGCACGCCGCGCUGCAUGUCCCCUUUGUUAAGAUCCUGGUCACCCUUCUUUUCAUCGCUAUCCCGAUUUCGCUGGGUAUGAUAGUGAAGCUGCGCCUGCCCUCGCUUACGCGGGUCCUGCUGGGACUCAUCAGACCCUUCAGUUUUGUGCUCAUCGUGGGCGGCAUCUUCAUGGCUUACCAAAUGGGCGCAUCCAUCCUUGCUCAUGUCAGGCCCCAAAUUGUGGCAGCGGGGGUCACGGUGCCUCUACUGGGCCUGGCGGUCGGAGCGGUUCUGGCUAAGUUUGCGGGUCUAACCCCCGCGCAGAGGAAGACCGUGAGCAUCGAGGUGGGCGUCCAGAACAGCCUCCUGGCGCUCGCCGUCAUGCAGCUCUCCUUCCGCCGCGCCGAGGCCGACUUUGCGUCGCAGGCUCCUUUCAUCGUGGCCCUCAGCAGCACCUCCGAGAUGCUCCUCGUGGUCCUGGCGUACCACGCCCGACGCCGCCUGUGCGGAUCCGCCGCCGGUCCCGGGACCGACACCUGAUUGUAGCUUUUAUUUUGAAAAACAUUCCUGUGGAAAAAAAGCUGCUUUUUAACGGCUCCUUUUUUGUACCUUUUCACGAAAACCAAAGGCCUUCGACCCUCUCAGAUCUUCUUCUGCUCAUUUCACUCUGCACUGGAACCCCAUUAUGUUGACAUCCUGUUUACGGCGACAACCGCUGACGUCGACAACUUGUCCAAGUCGCCGACUGCUUAAGUUAUGUUGAAAACCUGCUCGAGUUGACAACAUGCUGAUGUCGACAACUCAUCCAAGUUGUCACCCGUUGAUGUUGACGACCCGCUUAUGUCAACAACCACUAAAGUCAACAACUGGUUUGUUUGACAACAGCUGAUGUCAACAUCAAAGUAUUACAACUUAAAUGAGUUGUCG